ACCCAUCGGAUUUUCUGAGCGCGUCGAACGUCAGGCGGUUCAAAGAGGAGCAAAGAUGGCGGACAACAAAAGCCAAGAUUGUACGGAGCGCUCCGCAAAUAUGGAGGUAGAGGCUUCGGGAACAGAAGAUAACGGAGACGACGGCUCAAAGGACCCAGAUGCCGUCAUUUUAAUCGACUCGGACCCGACGGAAGGAGCAGACGAGCUCAAGUCUCAAGAGACCGUUCCCCAAGCGCUGACGACAUCCAGCAGCAGCGGCGGAGCUACAGACGGGACCCCAAAUGCCGAGAGCGCUGAGCCGCCGCCGUCGUCCUCCUCCUCGGCGGACAGCACCGCUGCUGGCGCAUCACCCGCUCUCGUUAACGAGAUGUCGCCUCCUCCUCCACCAGCAUCCUCAACCUCCUCCUCUUCAACCCCUGCCGCCCCGAUAAACCUACUGGAUACGUGCGCUGUGUGUAAACAGAGUCUCCAGAACCGCGACUGUGAGCCCAAACUCCUGCCAUGCCUGCACUCCUUCUGCCUCAAGUGCAUCCCGCAGCCGGAGCGAAAGAUCACCAUCCCGGUGCAAGGGCCACACGGACAGGACACUCGUAUUGUGAAUGUCAUGCGUUGCACGGUGUGCCAUCAGGAGUACAAACAGAUUGACAUGGUGGACAAUUACUUUGUCAAGGACACUUCAGAGGCCACAAGCACAUCGGUUGAGAACUCUACACAGGUUUGCACCAGCUGUGAAGAUAAUGCCAGUGCUAUUGGAUUCUGCAUUGAAUGUGGGGAGUGGCUCUGUAAAACCUGCAUUGAAGCACAUCAACGGGUCAAAUUCACUAAGGACCAUAAAAUACGCAAAAAAGAGGAAGUAUCUUCUGAAUCGGUUGGGACAUCAGGCCAGAGACCUGUCUUCUGUCCAGUACACAAACAAGAGGCCCUCAAGCUCUUCUGUGAGACAUGUGACACUCUAACCUGCAGAGACUGCCAGCUACUUGAACACAAAGAACACAGGUACCAGUUUCUAGAAGAAGCCUUUCAAAACCAGAAAGGCAUCAUUGAGACAUUUAUGACUAAGUUGCAAGAGAAGAGAAACUUUGUGGAGUUUUCUGCAUCUCAGGUGCAAAACAGGAUGAAAGAAGUUGCUGAGACGCAUAAGAAGGUGGAACAUGAAAUAAAAAUAGCAGUCUUUACACUCAUCAAUGAAAUCAACAAGAAAGGCAAAUCUCUACUGCAGCAGUUGGAGAGUGUGACCAAAGAGAGGAGUAUGAAGCUGCUCAGCCAACAGAGGGACAUCAGCAUCCUGGCCCAGCAGGUCAUCCAUGUGCUCAACUUCACCAACUGGGCCAUCAGCAAUGGAAGCAGCACAGCCCUGCUCUACAGCAAGAGACUGAUCACAUACCAGCUGCGUUUCAUUAUGAAGGCCCGUGUGGACCCAGUACCUCAAAGUAACGGAGCAGUCCGCUUCUUCUGCGACCCCACCUUCUGGGCCAAGAAUGUGGUUAACCUCGGCAAUCUGGUUAUUGAAAAAGUGUCACAUACUGCUCCUCCCCAAAUGAUGGUCAAUCAGCAGAUCUCUCCCAGUCACAACCACCCAGGUAAGCACUCAGGACAGAUCAACCUGGCCCAGCUGAGGUUGCAGCACAUGCAGCAGGCUGCAAUUGCUCAGAAGCACCAGCACCACCAACAACAACAACAACAACAGCAGCAGCAGCAACAACAACAACAACAACAUCAGCAACAAAUUCAGCAGCAGAUGCGCAUCGCCUCACAGAUGUCCCAGCAUCCCAGACAAGGAGGUCCACCACAGAUAACUGGUAUACAGCAACCGCCACCAAGGCUCAUUAGUAUGCAGGCCCUCCAGAGGGGUGGGGUUAAUGGCUCCUCCCACAUGUACCCACCUCAUCACCUGCGCAUGGUAUCAACGCAGAAUCGCAUGCCUUCGGCACAGCCCCGACUCAACGGGCAACCGUAUCCUAUGAUGCAGCCUCAGUUACAGAGACAGCACUCUAAUCCUGGGCAUGCUGGGCCCUUCCCUGUGGCGUCGCUACACAACAUUAGUGCUGCCAACCCCACCAGUCCCACCAGUGCCAGUAUGGCCAAUGCCCACAUUCACCGUGGCCCCACUAGUCCUGUUGUCGCCCCCAUAGAGCUCAUACCAUCAGUCACUAACCCCGAAAACUUGCCCUGCCUGCCUGACAUCCCUCCCAUUCAGCUUGAAGAUGCCGGCUCGAGCACACUGGAUAACAUACUCAGUCGAUAUAUUUCUGCUAGUUCAUAUCUUGCUGUUGGCCCCACCAAUCCCUCACCGGGACCUUCUACACAUUCCCCAGGAUCAUCAGGUUUAUCUAAUUCUCACACUCCAGUUCGUCCAUCCAGCACGUCAAGCACAGGCAGUCGGGGCAGUUGUGGGUCAGCUGGUAGACCUGGAACAGGGAACACGACAGUGGAUCAGGUGAAGGUCAAACAGGAACCGGGAGUUGAGGAAGAAUGUAGCUAUUCUGGAGCAAACGUCAAAACAGAACAUUCUAAAGAUGGCAGACGGAGUGCUUGCAUGAUGAGCAGCCCAGAAGGAAGCGUGACUCCCCCUCUUCCCGUCCUCGGCUCCGUGUCCACCGGUUCAGUCCAGGACAUUUUAAGAACACUUGGUGAAAAUAUUAAAUCUGAACCACAGAGCAAUCAGCUCUCAUCCUGUACGAACCCAAACUCCAGCGCACCUUUAACCAAUGGGACCACCGAGUCAAAUGGUAGUCAGCAGGGGAACACCGCUAACGCCAACAACCAGACCACUGUAGGAAAAGAAGACGACCCGAAUGAGGACUGGUGUGGCGUGUGUCAGAAUGGAGGUGAACUGCUGUGCUGUGAUCGCUGUCCUAAAGUCUUCCACAUGACCUGCCAUAUCCCAACACUCAAAUCUUCUCCCAGUGGAGAUUGGAUGUGCACCUUCUGCAGAAGUCUCACAAAUCCAGAGAUGGAAUACAACUGUGAUGACGAUCCACCUAGUAAGAAGGACAAGAGUGAGAUGGCAAUGAGUCCGGAGGACCAGAGACGUUGUGAGCGCUUGCUGCUGCACGUGUUUUGUCAUGAGCUCAGUACAGAGUUUCAAGAGCCUGUUCCUGCAUCGGUACCCAAUUACUAUAAAAUAAUAAAGCAUCCGAUGGAUUUGACGUUGGUCAAACGGAAACUGCAGCGCAAACAUCCUCUGCAUUACAAGAGCCCUAAAGAGUUUGUGUCCGACGUACGCCUGGUCUUUAGCAAUUGUGCCAAAUUUAAUGAGAUGUCUCGAAUAAUCCAGGUUUAUGAUGAGGAGAAACAGAGUAAUGUUCAGGCCGACUCGGAAGUGGCACAGGCGGGCAAAGCCGUGAGUCUGCAUUUCGAGGAGAAACUGCUGGAGAUUUUUCCCGACCAGACGUUCUCGGUAGCCGUGGAGAAGGAGAUGCGAGCGGAGGCCGAUAAGGAUUCAGAGGACUCUGACGAUGACUUCGUACAACCGAAACGCAAACACUUAAAAGUGGACACCGAGAAGCUGUUGCACAUCAAGUGAAGGAAUGAGGAAACGUCUGCGAGAAAUAAACGGUCUUCCUCAAGCUCAGUCUUAUUUUGCUCUCUGAAGGGUGGGAUAACGCUGGAACUGAUGCGAUUCAGAUGCUUCGUUUAUUUCAUGUUCUCCCAAACCCCUGGCGAUCCAUUGUACGUACUGCGUGAGAACUUUUAAACGUGCAUUGUGGAUGUUGGCAUCAUCGGAGGAUCGACAAAUGAAUUGCUGGGUGUCGAUGAAGACGCUUGUACAGAUUUAAAUAGUCUUGUUUUGGUCUGAUUUAGUAAAUAACAUGUUUUUCCUUUUUUUCUUUCUUAAACUUGAGUUAUUAUUAUAUUUGUAAAUCUAUUGUGAAUUAUACUUUAUAAAUGAUACUCAUCUCUCCCUACUGUUAUGAUAAAGUUUAUCAUAUAUGGCCCACCUGUUUCCUUUGCAUGUGUAUUUUCUUAUUCCUACAGUUGAAAUCCCUUCAAUAGGGGAAGUUUGAUCUUUAUUUUCAAUAAAACGGUGACCUCUGGAUUGUUGGAAAGUUUAAUCGUAGACCCUUUAGCUCAAAAGAUGCAUAUUAAAUGGGUGUCUGUGCCACCUGACAAAAGCCAAUACAAAAAUACUUUCAACAAGCAUUGCUUAUUUCAUUCCAAUAAUGUAAAAACUCCAGUAUUGCUAGUGUUACAUUUAAAAUGGUUACAGCAUUAAAUAAUG